AUGCAUGCUGGGAGGGAGCCACUUGCUGCAGGGGCUGGAGGUGGGGUGCAGCCAGGCUUUGCUGGGGAUGACUUCCUUCUCAGCACACUGGAGACUUUCAAUUCCAGCAAAAGCAGCCCAGGACAAGGCCGAACUGCAGAGGGGGAGACAGCAAAGGAGCAGUCAUUCCUGAGCAAGAGCUGCCUCUACCCUCUCCGGAAAUACCUGGAAGCUGGGGCAGGGUUCCGGCCUGAGACAGCAGUGAUAGAGCCCCCCAGGCCUAAGCAGCUCCCCUCUGGAUGCUCUGUGGGCUCCUGGCCUCCGUGGUGGUUCCUGUGGGAGCGGCAGGCACCUUCCUCUGGAAGAAGUGGAAGCAGGGCAGGAUGGCAGGUGCACAGAGGGAAAUCUAUAUUCCUAUGUCAAACUACAAUCAGAUGCCGGACUCCUCAAUUUGAGGUAAGGAUGUCUGGUUGUCCAUUUUGCAGGGCACCAGAGAGCUGGGGUCAUUUGUCUAGCAGGGGUGCGGGGUUACAGGGAGCAGUAGGAGACUGUGAGAUUAAGGAGGAUAAUCUCCCAACCUGGGCCAAACCUAAACCCUUCUCCCCUGGGUCCUGGUCCUCUCCAUUCUUUCCCUUCUUCUGCCUUCAGAUUGACAGGACCUGGAAGUCAGAUGUGACCUGCGCACCGCUGUGGAGCAAGCUUCCUGGGCCCCAUGGAGCCCUUUGGCCGGCCCUCCCAACCAGAAGGCGGCGUGCUCAGGCCCUGUGAGGACCCGGGCAAGGCCAACGUUGCACGUCUUGGCAGCCCAGCCAGCUAGCCAUGCCUGGGGGGCGGGGGCCAGGCGGACAGUGACCUCACCUGCCCUCCGUGGUUGUCAGGCAUGCUUUGCAAGCUGUCACUAGCACUUUUCUCUGUGAAGGCCGUGAUGUUGCACUAUAAUAAAGGUGUGUAUGGUGA